GUCAGGACGCUGGUUGUACACACCGUUAUUCGGGGAGGGAAGGAGUCGCCUUCCAUUGUCUGCUGCGUCUGCUGGAAAAUGCUAAAGACAAAAGUGCUGCUGGUGGGACCCAGCGAGUGUGGAAAGAGCGUUUUGGCAAACUUUUUAGCUGAUGCCACAGAGAACAUUGGUGGCGAAUACAGUCCAACCCAAGGUGUAAGGAUAUUAGAAUUUGAGUGCCCUAAUGUAAAUGGGAACAAAGGACCUGGAUGUGAAGUGGAACUGUGGGAUUGCGGAGGCGAUCACAAGUUUGAAAGUUGCUGGCCUGCCAUAAUGAAAGAUUCCCAUGGGGCAAUCCUCGUUUUUAAUGCAGACAUUCCAAGUCACCUCAAGGAGAUUGAAAUGUGGCACAGCAACUUCAUCCAACAGCAAAAGCUACAAGACAAUCAGUGUCUGCUGAUAGCACACCACAAGCCUGGAUCAGGAGAUGGGGCCGAGAAACCAGAUUUAUCUCCAGCAUUAGGUAAAUUAGCACUGGUACAUUCCAAUCUAGAAGAAGAUCCUGAGGAUGUGAGAAUGGAAUUUGUUAAAUAUCUCCGAGGUGUAGCCAGCUCAUUGUCAGAGAGCAGAGACCGGGAAGAGAUGUCUUUUAUCACAUAACUUGUUCUGUGACACAAGAAACCUGUCUUUGUUCCUGAAGAGUUUCCUUA